AUGACUGUCAAUGGGACUUACACUGUUCAUGACAUACAUCCCUGCUAUGAAUCAGAUAGUACAGGUUAUAUAUUUACAAGAAAUCCAUCCAUAAUCUGUGUAUUGGUGUAUAUAUUUCUUGGCUUAUUAUCUGUCACCACAAUAUGUGGAAACCUUCUUGUAAUAAUCUCCAUCACUUAUUUCAAACAGCUCCACACUCCUACAAACUACCUUAUUCUCUCUCUGGCUGUGGCUGACCUGCUUGUUGGUAUUGUAGUCUUUCCUUUCAGCAUGGUCUUCACUGUAACUUCAUGUCUGCAUCAUGAAGAUUUGUUUUGUAAAAUACGAGACAGCUUUGAUGUAUCACUGUGCACAGCUUCCAUUCUGAAUUUAUGUUGUAUUUCCAUAGACAGAUAUUAUGCAGUGUGUCAGCCUCUGACAUACAGAACUAGAAUAAAUGUUCAGGUUACUGUGGUCAUGAUCCUGGUAAAUUGGGGGAUUUCAGCUCUAAUUGGAAUUAGCAUCAUAAUUGCUGGAUUUAACCAAGGAACAUGUGAAGAAAUGUGCUCAGUUGACAUUGUAAUGGCAAACACUAUGGGACCUGUUCUUUCAUUUUAUCUCCCAGCAGUCAUAAUGCUCUGUAUUUACCUGAAGAUUUUCCUUGUUGCUAAGAAACAGGUGAACAGCAUCCAGAACACAACCUGUCAGAGCACAAAGUCUGAAGCAACUAUUAAUAAGAUGGAGAGAAAGGCCACCAAAACUCUGGCUAUUGUUAUGGGAGUUUUUCUCUUAUGUAUGACGCCUUACUUUCUCUGUAUUGUCUUUCAGCCUUUAUCUUAUUAUCCCCCACCAAUUCCAGUGAUUGAAACACUCAACUGGCUCACACUGUCAAACUCAAUGCUCAAUCCAUUUAUUUAUGCUUUCUUUUACAGCUGGUUCAGAUCAGCUUUCAGAAUGAUCAUUUCAGGAAAAAUACUCCAAGGUAAUUUUGCUAACUCAAAAUUGUUUUGA